UCUAGAGAACUUAACAAAUGAAAACAAAUAAAUAUUGCAUGAACAAAUACUCAAUAAAUACACAAAAUACUAUACGAUAUGCAAGCCUGGGGCCGCACGGAAAAUGAGGAUAUUGAUUUUGACACCGACUGGGAUGACGAGCCGACGCGGCGUCAUUUUAUCAGCAAAGUAUGCAGUAUCCUUGCCUUGGAACUGGCAGUUACUGCCGUAAUCACGUCCGUAUUUAUUUUCAAUGAAGAUGCCAAAUUUUGGUUAUACGAUCACAUAUAUAUAUUUAUUGUGGGAGCUGUAGGGGCUGCCAUAAUAUCUUUUGUACUAUUUUGUUAUCGAUCUGUAGCCCGAACAGUUCCCAUCAAUUACAUUUUGCUAAUAGCGUUCACGUUAUUUCAAUCCAUCAUAGUCAGCUGUAUCUGCAUUUUUUAUAGCACAGAUAAGAUCUUUUAUGCGCUGGGCAUCACGAUUGCCGUUUGUGUGGGACUUGCCCUAUUCGCGAUUUUUGCACCAUGCGAUUUUACUGGAUGUGGACCCUACCUGUGCGUGCUAAUGAUAGUCUUGGUACUUCUGGGCUUGCUUAUGUUUUUCAUAAAAUCCAAAAUAUUGGUUUGGAUUUAUGUUGGCUUGGGACUACUUCUAUUUUCAUUGUAUCUUGUCUAUGAUAUACAAUUGAUGGUCGGCAAGCGUAGAAAUCAGUACAGCGAGGACGAUUAUAUUAUUGCUGCGCUAAGCAUUUAUAUCGAUGUAAUUCACAUCUUUAUUUACAUUUUGACAAUAUUUGGCUUGCUGGACAACUAAAUUGAAUCAUCUAUGAAUAUAUGCGCUAGGUUCAUGUAAAUAAAUAUCCACUUUGUAUGCCAAAGCACUCUGAU